ACUGUGAGAGCUUUUGCAAGCGGAGCGGCACAGGCGUCGCUGUGGGUCUCUAUAAUCUGGCAGAAGCUCACCGCGGACCCAUAUUGUUGGUGCGCAACCGCUGCGGCAUCAUCUGUAAGCGAUUGAUGAGCACAGAGACCACACAGCGGAGCACAGCCAGAGUGACAGCGGAGCACGAGCCGCAGCUGUGCCUAUAGAUCAAAUUUGGCACACGCGGAGAACCGCCUCUUAGCGUGCAAUCGCUGUGCAACCGUGCGAAGCGCAUCGGUGCGGCAAAGGGGAGAGCACCGACUGCGCAGCAUGUCCAGCAACACCCAAAAAACAACGACGACAGUCGACCCCGCACUCCUCGAGCAGUGCGGCUGCAAGCGGGAGCGCCUGUCCAACGCGUGCAACUAUAGUUUCCAGGACCUCUACCGCGCGAAAGCUGCAGCUCUCGGGCAGGCCGGCGACGACGCCGCCGAGGUGUGCGCCGCGUUGUACAAACGCGACCGCGACGCCAUCAACGAGACGGUGCGCGAGUGGGCUGCUGUUGCGGGCUGGGAGACGGAGAUGCACCGCGGGAGCGACGGCCAGGACUACCGAGCGUUUGCGCCGGAAGCGCCCUCGUAA